CCCCGUCGGUUCUCGUCUGGUCCCGCUUGGCGGUGCUGGGAAUGGUUUUGGGUGUGUCGUGUGGGAUUGUCAUAGCUCAGUCACCGGGGGCGCCCUCGGGUCGCUUGGCGUGGUUCUUUGCGCUUCUCUCUUCUCUAGUUCUUGGCUGCUGGCUGUUCGAUGGCGUGUUCGCGUCUGCGGCUGUCUUCUGGCCUUUCCUUUCCUCCUCCUCUCCUGCGCGGCUUCAGGUUCUACCUUUUCUGGCAAUUCUUCGGCCUUUUUGGCUCUUACUUUUGUAGGCUUAUACCUUUUGGCCUCCUCUUGUUUCUACCUUUUUUGUCGGAGUCUUUACCUUUUCUGUCGGGUUCUUUAUAUUCCCACCCCUUCUGGUACCGGUACUCUCCCAGUCCUGGCCCAUGUAAUAUCUUUCAAUUUUGCAUGUUACUUAUUUAAUGUUACUUAUUUAACUAAGAAAGAGGAUGACAUAUCUUGCGCGGCUUUUACUGCGCACCACCAAGUGCUCAUUUUUUUAUCGCGCUCUGAAACGCUGUUCGCGUCAGCGGAACCAGCCUGCAGAUCGCUAGCUUGUGCUUAUUCACGCGGACCACUGCUUGCUAUCACCUGAAUUCCGUUCCCAUUCACAGCAGGAAUUUUUCGAUGUUAAUCGAAGAAGUACUAGACGAGUAAGAGUAUGUUGCACAAGUACCACAUUUUCCUUCUCAAGACACUAGAGGACGAGUGGCCGAAGAUCAUGGAAAAUGACAAAGAGCACUUGCAACAAGUCUAAGAACGAAGUGGGACUGUGUAUCGGUUAUCCUGUGGAUCCGGUGCUGAUAUGAGUCUAUCUUCCUUGGAGCUUAGUACUUGGAAACCUUGGUGUCUUUUUAGCCAAGAACUCCUGAGAACAAUAAGUGAGGUAAGGGCGAAGUUCUCAAACCUAU